AAAUAUGAUUCUAAACGAAUCCUGUUCCGUUCAGCUUCCGUCGAGGUAUAUGUCUCCGGGCGAGGCUGCCUGUCUUGGGGAAGAGCUAUGCGUCGCCUUAGGGAUGGUCCUUAGGGUUAACCUCGGCGUUGCGAAACACAGUGGCGAGAACACCUGCAAAAAGCAUUCCGACGCUCAAGUCAGAAAAGUAUUCGAAAUGAGGUGAAUAAGUAAAAAUGAGAGUGUAUUUGUGACCUGCCUCCAUAUGAGUUGCUUGAUUUAUUUUUAUAGACAAGGGGAGGGUCUAUGCUUUUGGGUUUGUUCCGAUAUUCUUGGUGAGUUCCGUUUGUUAGUAACGGGCUGAAGAUAGAAUCUAACUUGCGUGUGACUGUGACCAAGUUACGUUUGGAGUCUACUCUUGGUACCGAGAUAUUUGGUCGGUUAGGUGAGAAGGUGAUCGCCGAGAUUUGAGGGGUACACGUCAUAGCCUCCAAGCUUGUCCGUCUCCAUGUCUUGGUUGACGGGCAAGUUUAUUAUUGUUUGGUUGUUCUCGGCCUGGGUAUUUGUAUCUUGGGCUUUUUCUAUGUGUCAAAAAAUUGGAAGAGUUAUAGGAAAUACAUAGGCAGUAUUGGUGGGAAGUUUUUAAAAAAGUGUUGUGAAUCGUGCUUUCAUUAAUUAUCCCUUUUUUGGCGUUUGGGUUUUCAAGGCUUGGGGUGGUUACGUUAUUUGUUUGCCCACUAAGUUAGUGGGUUAUAAUAAUUUCUGCUGCAUUUUUCGACGUUCUACUUCUUCGAAUCUUUUCUUUUUGUUUGACCUACCAUGACUUCCAAAGAUUAAUGUUCUUUUCUGUUUUAUCCUUUUUUCUUUUUCUUGUAAUGGCGAGGGAAAAAGAGAAAGAGAAAUUGAAAGCCGUCGAGGUUAAGGAGGAUGAUCCAUAUCAUUGGGUGCAUGAUGAUGUCAGGACCCGUUCUUCGUCCUAUACUAGUGUUGACUCAUUGCGGGAAUUGGAUGGGUUAAAGUUUGUGAAAAGUGGCUCUGGUUUGUCGAUUGAUCUCCUUCCUUGUUCUGGUGAAGAUAGGGUCUGUGAGAGGAGGGGUGACUGGCAGUACUUUUAUAUGUACACGCAAUGUCUAACCGAGUUGCGUGUUCGCUUUCCUUUUUCUGCCUUCGAGUGUGAUGUGUUGACCCAGCUUAACUGUGCACCUUCAUAGUUACAUCCAAACUCCUGGGCAUUUCUUCGUGCCUUUCAGUGCCUGAUGGAGUUCCUAUCUUUCCCGUGUUCCUUAUCGCUACUUUUUUUCUUUGUUUCAGUCGAAAGGGGUUCGUAAGGGUUUGUGGGUUUGUCUUAGCAGUUUCCCUGGCCGUUCCCUUUCCCUGCUUUACAAGUCUUCUUUUAAGAAUUUCAAAUCCCUUUUUGUUAAGGUUCGUUCUGUGGAAACUGAGUAUCCUUUUUACCUGGACGAUGAACUUAUCGAAAGGUUUCCUCUUUAUUGGUGUUCUAAACCAACUCAAGUCCUUGAGGCUACUGAGCGGAGUGAGGAAGAAGAUUAUCUUUUAGAUUAUUUGAUUGAGUGUUUUGCUGACGGGGUGUGCUUGUCUAUCCCCGAGCUUUUGCAUUUGUAUGAUUCUGGUGAUAAUGAUGGCUUAAAAGCUUAUAUAGGUAAAGUUAUGUCUUUUAUCGACUGUGUUUCAUGUUGUUGAGUUUCCUAAUAUGCUUGGUGUGUCUGUAGGUGGACGGGUCCCUCAUCUUGAUCCUAAUCAGUUCCAAUCGUUUUUGAAAAAGAAAAAAGAGAAGAAUGUUGGAGGUUCUGGGGUUCUAAAGGAGGAUGGUGGGUAGGCUGCUCAGCCAGUGUCUUCGCAUAAAAGGAAAAGGGGUGAGACUGAUAAUUCUCUGGAGGUCAUCUCGGAGGCCGAUCAGGAGGUUGUGGGUGGCAGUAAACCUGUGUUUGAUCGCCAAAGGAAGCUUCACGGUUUCAUUCCUGGGACCAGCCCUCAUUCAUUAUGGAGUGACCAGUUUCCUUUUGCCAAGUUGUCUGACAAGAUUGUCGCAUCCCGUUUGAUGUGUGCUGGUCGCACGGCCGAGCUUAUUGGUGCUGAGCAGCAGGCGGCUGUGGAUAAGGUUGCCGACUUAGAAAAGUCAUACAAGGUUAGGGUUGCUGAACUGGAGAACUCAUCCAAAGAAAAAGAUGAUGCUCUUGUCACUGCUACAGCCAAGAUGAAGGAAUCUGAAGAGGAGGUACUCCGUUUAAGGGAUCAGGUUCGGUUACUACAGACUAAGAUUAAGGAGAGUGAUAUUUCUAAAGGGAAACUGACUUUGAGGAUCCAUGAGUUGGAGGAAGAUGGAAUGGAGAUGUUUUCUUCAGGCUUUAAUCGUGCUGUCAAUCAGAUUGCAUUGUUAGCUCCUGGUUUUGAUUGUGACCAACUUGAUGUUACUAAAAUCGUGAUUGAUGGUAAGUUGGUGGUGGAUGGAACUGUGGAGGAGCAUGAUGAGAAUGUGUCUCCGUCUUGAUUUGGACAUGUUUAUCCUUUGUAAUGAAAAAGACUCCUUUUAUUUUGUCCUGACCGAGUUGUGGUCAUCUUUACUGUAAUGUUGAAUGUUUGGUGUUUUGUUUUGAACUCGUAA